GCCGCUCCCUGCCUGGCCGAGCUCGCUAAGAUGGCGGAUUUCCUGCCGUCGCGGUCCCCGCUGUCGGGCUGCUUCCCCGGCUGCCUGCUGAACAGCAGCGAGGCCGAGCAGCAGCGCAAGUCCAAGGAGAUCGACCGGUGCCUGUACCGCGAGAAGACCUACGUCAAGCGGCUGGUCAAGAUCCUGCUGCUGGGCGCGGGCGAGAGCGGCAAGAGCACCUUCCUCAAGCAGAUGCGCAUCAUCCACGGGCAGGACUGGGACCGCGCCGCGCGCGAGGAGUUCCGCGCCACCAUCUACAGCAACGUCAUCAAGGGUAUAAGAGUCCUUGUGGAUGCUCGAGAGAAACUUCAUAUUCCCUGGGGAGAUCCUGCUAACCAGAAGAAUGGUGACAAGCUGAUGGCUUUUGAUACCCGCUCCGUAAUGGUGGCACAAGGGAUGGUGGAGACCACGGUUUUCGUACAGUACCUUCUAGCAAUAAGAGCCUUAUGGGCAGAUAGUGGUAUCCAGCAUGCCUAUGACAGGCGCAGAGAAUUUCAGCUGGGAGAAUCUGUAAAAUAUUUUCUAGACAACUUGGAUAAACUUGGAGAACCAGAUUAUCUUCCCUCACAGCAAGAUAUUCUACUGGCACGAAGGCCUACAAAAGGGAUCCAUGAGUAUGAUUUUGAGAUUAAAAACGUCCCUUUCAAGAUGGUUGAUGUAGGUGGCCAAAGGUCAGAGCGAAAACGUUGGUUUGAAUGCUUUGACAGCGUCACUUCAAUCCUGUUCCUGGUUUCAUCAAGUGAAUUCGACCAGGUACUUAUGGAGGAUCGACUGACAAAUCGCCUUACAGAGUCUCUGAACAUUUUUGAAACGAUAGUCAACAACCGGGUUUUCAGCAACGUCUCCAUCAUUCUCUUCCUAAACAAGACAGACUUGCUUGAGGAAAAAGUGCAAAAAGUUAGCAUCAAAGACUAUUUCCCGGAAUUCGAAGGGGAUCCCCACUGCUUAACUGAUGUCCAGAAAUUCCUGGUGGAUUGUUUUCGUACCAAGCGCCGGGAUCAGCAGCAGAAGCCCUUAUACCACCACUUCACCACUGCUAUAAAUACAGAAAACAUCCGCCUGGUAUUCCGUGAUGUCAAGGAUACCAUCCUUCAUGACAACCUCAAGCAGCUCAUGCUACAGUGAUAGACAAAAAGACUUUGAUUUUUGUUAGUCGUUUACAGCAGGAGUUGGAAGAAAAAAAACCCUGGUCUUGUCAGACCUCAAUGUGUGGAUAAAAGCUGCUGCUGUUCAAGUUAUUGCCAGUUUCUCUUGAAAUUUGGGCUUUAAUCUCUUUCAGUGUAGUUUCAUCUUGAAUCAUUUCUGAUUUCUUAACAGACCUCAAGUUUUUAAAGCUAACUCUGAAGUUUUAACCUCUUCCAUUUUUUUCCAAAUUAUAUUCCUGAAAUAUCCUGUAAUAUCGACUAUCUGGGUUGGCAGAACCCACUUUGGAAACUUGAUAAGUUAAGAGGUUUGGUGAUACGUGAAAGGGGCUGUAGGAAAAACAUGAUACAUGUACAUCUCCAGACCACUUCCCAAAUGUGGCCUUUUCCCCUACGGAGAUGGUUUUGCAUGACGAACGGCUCUGCUUUUUCAAAUAACUAAGCUGUAUUUGAAGUUUACAAAUGCAUUUUUGCUUCCAUGCCAAUAGGGGGUGCUCUCAAAUGGUACCAGAAAUGAAAUCAGUUGAAGAUUACGACCACUGAGUAUGUCAGGUGGAAUCAGUCGUGCAAACGGACAUUCUGAUCUUGAUUGGUCGUCGUGAAAUCAUAAUAGUUUUACAAAAUGUCCUACGUUUUACAAGUUUGGAGCUGAGCUAACCUAAACCAUAUAGCUGCCUACAGCUCGUGAAGCAUCCAUUAGUUGUGAAUGAUCAGUUAUACCCUUUUUUGCAUCAGUUAGUCCAGGCUCUGUGUGAUGAGUGAUGGAAGAAGCUAACAAAAAGGGUUCUUUUUCCUUUUAAAGAGUGCUUGUGUUUAUGGAUAUCGGAUGCAUUUUGUUAUAGAGUUGAGAAUAGACACAGCUGUAGAUAAGACAAUACUGGCCAUUGUAUUGGUAGCCAAAACAGCAAAACACCUUUUUGGAAAGAAAAUGUAGAGCAACUGAAUGACUUCCCAGAAAUUCUGUAUUGCAAAAGUGUAAGUUUUGCAACUACUGCACACCUCUAACUCAGCCUCGCAAGCAGAUACUUACUAAAAAUAGAACAGAUGUGUUAAACUAAUAACUGUUUUCAUCUCAAUUCUGAGGAAGCUGGUGGUACCAGAGGUGACUUUUGAUUUCUCAGGUAUUGGUUAAAAGUCAAUUUAUUACCAGUUACUCUCUGGACAACCUAGUUUAACUAAUGGUAAUUCACAGUUCUUAUCCUAUACUUUACAGAUCUGUAAAAGGGAUUGACACUUUUUCUGUUCUAAUGCUUGAAUGUCAUAAAUGUCUGACGGUUAACAUGACCAGAGAUUAGCAGCACAAUUUUCCUUUUCUGAUACAUAGGCCAAAAAUUGCAUUGAGAGCAAUAGCGAUGCAUUAAGGGCUACUAUUGUGGAGUGCUUGGGAUGGGAGGAAGUCAGUAAAAAUCUCCCUAUUUUUGAAAAACAUUUUACUUUUGCCAUAUCUUAGAUGAAGGUAAUUUAAGAGUUUGUGCCAAUUAAGUGCAUUAAUGUAUUAAGAUUAACUUUCUUCAGUGGGCCUAGUCCAGUAAGCAUUGUUAAGUGAUGCAAAAUUUGUUAACCUAAAGUGCCUCUUAAUUUGUUUUCCUUGCAGUGUCCUUAUGAGAACAUGAGUUUCCUAGUGAGUGGCUUUUGGGGUAGGGGGUAUGGAGUAGGAAGACAACUCCAUUGCCCAAUAGGUUUCCAGGCUCUGCAGAGAGAUUGCCAUUAGUUUUACCCAAUAUGCAAUUAAAAACCAUAACCAAAAUCCUAAGUGUUCUACUGGUGCCAUUUGUACCAUUUCUGCAUUUUUAGAAUUCUGUUAAAAUGACAAGGUGUAUAUGUUGUGAAAGACAGGAUUUUUUUUACUAAAAGUGCGUAGAAGUUAAAGCAAGAGUGACAAAAGCUGUUGUUUGAUUGGUUCAGUUUCAUAUAACAUAUGGGUAGAAAUCUUGGAAAGUAAAACAUUUUCCAUUACAGUCUAGAACCAGAGUGAAGAGAACGUUUUCUGAAAAAUUAAAUCUGUGCUUUAGUAUUAAAGAGAUUAACAUUUGGGGUUGAUUUAGAUGUGCGGUGGCUUCAAUUGCCCAAACACCAGCAUCUUUGUAAACCAAAACCAAUCUUGGGUGGCUGUCGGUGCAAAUGAAGAAGGGGAAAAAAGGGAGUUACUUAACCCUUUUUUUCUGUAGUAGUUUCCCCAUUCAAAAUGGCUCUCCCCUCCUUGCUGUGUUUCUCUCUGCUGGAUAAAAUAUGGAUGCUAGUAUCCAUCACGUGAAAUCAGUAUAUCAGAAAGCUUGAGAGAAAGUGUGUAUCUUUAGUGAGUAAAGUCAGACUAUCGCCACCCCAUAUUCAGCAGUGGCCAGGCUGUGACUCGGGCGAGCUGCAUGUAGCUUUUUGACAGGUAGAGCACGGUUCACUAACCGAUGCUCUUUGUAGCUUCCAUGGCACGAGCUGUUGCCCAGUGGGCUGUGGAGCUGAAAUAAACGUGUGCAAAAUCUCUCACAGCACCCUGUGUGUGGCCCCCCCCCCCUUUUUAAGUUGGCAUGAGCCUGUGGAGAUGUAAUGAGAAGAACGGAGGGACCAGUUCAGCAGUUGUAGUUAGCUUGCCUAAUCCUGCCCGUUAGCAGCCACCGCUUUCACGGCUGCCUGUUACAACCUUGAGUAGCAUGAUCAGAAGAAGAAUGCAGAUUUCCCUGCAGGGGUCUGUCACUUCCCAUGCAUUUUUGAUUGCCUAAUUUUCUUCGGGGAGGGGGAAACUUGCGACACCCUUCGUUUCUCCUCAGUUGGGAGGCCUACAGCAGUUGCUACCUGUGAAAGAGCAGCUCUGCCGGAAAGGAAGUACUUCUUCGCUCUCGGAUCCUAUGCAUGUUUACUUAGAAGUAAGUCCCAUUGAUUUUAGCAGGGCUUAUUUAGCAGUUCAUGUGAAUAAUGCCCAUUUUUAUAACUUGAGCCUGUGCCUGUUUGGGCUGCAGUCAGUCUGUGCUUGCUUAUUUGGUAGUAGAUCCCAUUGAUUUCUACUAGGUAUAUAUGCAAGCGUAUACAUGAUUGCAUCCUCAAGAGCAUAAGAAGCCUACAUGGAAGGAGGUAGCAGCGUCGAGGCUAUGGCGGAGGGGCUGGUGACUAGAAGAUGGAAUCAGCGAGGCUUUAUUUCAGGCAAGCCAGUUAAUUUAAUUGUGUAACUUUUGUGGGCGCAUCUAGGCAGAACCAGGCCACUUUCUCCUUCAUAGGGCAAGGUCAGUAUUUGACAUACAAUUUGACUUUCGUGGAUUUGUUACCAGCUUUUGCACCUAACUGGAAAAGCUCUGUGCAUACACGCACACACGUACAUGCACCCAGUUCGCCAUAGUGAACGUCACGAAUUGGGAGAAUUUCCUCCUCCCCGUUUUCUUGUGGAUAGAUAAAAGGCUUAGUUAUUUCUAAAAUUAGGUUGUAUUGACCGUUCAGACAGGAUAAUGCCAAAUUGCCCAUGACAGAUCAAGUAUGAUCGUAACGUUUCUGUAAAGAUGGCAUGUUAGUCCAAAAAACACAUGCAUGUCUUGUGAUGCUACAAAUUCUGAGAAUUGUCAAUUUAAGCUUGGAAGGUUGGCCCAUUUGGCCAGCAUUGCUAGACAGCAUUUGGCAUUGCUAGACAGCAUGUUGCUCCUCCUCUAGCCCUGAGAAAGCUGCUUCUGCCUUCUCCUUGUACUGACAAUCGAGCAAGCUCAGCUACGCUGUGUCUGAGGCUCCAGUCUGGGGAGCCUGAAGACAAACCCUGACUUUCCUAUGCUUUCAAGGGCUGGUAUUCUGGGAUAGCAUCGCCCAGAGAAAGCACAACUUGCCAAAAAUGUCUCUAAUGCUACAGGAAUAGCUUGCUCAGUCCUCUAAGGUCCACCACUUGAAUCAAUUUCUAGGCUAUGCUUAGAAAAUGAAGCCCUAGGCUUUUAUCAUGGUAAAUCUGAAAUACCAAUAAAAUAUAUUUUCAGAUAACUCUUUCAAAUACAGACCUAAUUUGUCAGAAAAAUAGUGUCUUAAAAAUAUCUUUUUGUUUCUUUUAAAUGUUUUUAAACUACAAAUUUGGGGUGAUUUUUGUUUUUUGGAAAAAAAUAUUGGUGGGGUUUUUUUAGACUACAGCGGAAUAAAAACUGAUCUGCCUGUGAAUUUCGUGGGAAGCAAUUUUAAAUCUGAAACAAAACAAUGAAACAAAGAUCCAGAGGAGUUCGCCGUGUUAGUCUGUAGUUGCAAAAUAGUAAAGAAUCCAGUAGCCCCUUUAAGACUAACCAACUUUAUUGUAGCAUAAGCUUUCGAGAGCCACAGCUCUCUUCGUCAGAUGCAACUUUAUUGUUGCACAAGCUUUCGAGAACAGCUCUGUGGUUCAUACCCUCCAUACAUCUGACGAAGAGAGCUGCAGUUCUCAAAAGCUUAUGCUACAAAACACUAAAAGUCAUUCUCCUUAACACAAAGUUGUUACUUUAAAAAAUCUAGGUCUAUGGGUUGGAUUCUAGGUAGCCGUUCCACUAGCAUAACAUCAGUCUGUCCUGGUGGAACAGUGAUUUGGUGGCAGAGGAGGGGGCAGUGGUACCCACUGUAUGUUCCUGUUUUGCCCUCCAAGCUGUUCCUGAGGGACCCUUGACCCACCCAAGGUUCAGUAAGUUGCAGCAGGAGUUGAAGAUGCAGGUGAGUCCCCCUCCAUAAGCCAAUGGCAGUUACUAUCCAGCCCCUAAUCUUAGACUUGGGGGGCAGGGUAGAGUAGUAUAUACAGGGAUUUCACAAAGCUUGGUGGUGGGGGGACCUUUCUACUCUGUUUUCUCACUGGCUGAUUCCGCACACGUUGGAUAAUGCACUUUCAAUGCACUUGAUCAAUCGUUUGAGGUUGAUUCCAAAUGAUCUAUAAAGAGGAUUGGAAGUGCAUUAUCCAACGUGUGCGGAAUCGCUCACUAUAAAGUAAAUGUAAGUACAAGAUGGGGCAAACGCCAUCCCAUCUCCUCUGCCAUGUUCAUCCCAGUUUGAAAGGGCCCAAAGAUAAGAGGAGGGGGGCUUGCGGGAAGGGCAGGGAUUUUUAGGGUGGUAAUUUGUGAGCAUGGUCGCCCAAUAUAUUUCUCUUGUAAUCUAAAUGUUGUGAUAAAAAGCAAGAUGGUGGCAGAAGAUCGCUUCUCUGACUACAGAGCUUCCUUUUCCGGAUUGGUUAGUUUUUCAUGUAUGCUGGUCACAUUCUCAAGUUAGCUUUCUACAAGCCUCUCUUUCCAUGAGGGUACUAUGACAUAGCCAUCUCUACGAUCAGUGACCUAAGGAUUACAUAGCAUUGUGAUAGUGCCAUUUGCCGUUUCUUUACCUUUUACUUGAAAGCAAAUGAUUGCCGCUUAUUUAAAACUCUCCCGUCUUUCCACGGCAGUGAAAGCGUAUCUUUUCUAUAAAGCCUUAUCUAAAAAUAUAUUUUGUAACAGCCUCACAAACUUUAUCUAAUGAAACCAACAUUUGUAUUAGCUUUGUAUAAAUGGGGGGGCUUUUACUUUUUAUAUAUGUGUUAACUUUUGUAACUUUCCAGGGAUGAAGAGAAACUCUUAACUUUGUAAAUUUCCCCCCUGCCUUAGUUCAGCAUUGGCAAUAAAUUAUUUCUAAAGGUCUUAAAGGCAUAAUUUUAAGAAGGUUCGAUUACUAAUAGAUGAUGAAAGCCUCUUUUAGUUGUAUAUUGCUCUCUGUACAUAUUUUGCAAAAGUGUUGCCUUCCAGCUAUUAAUAUUUGCCUUGUGUAAAAUAAAUUACUGACAGUAAAUAAACAAUAUACAUCCUCA